AUGGCCCAGAAGUUCUGGGUCUCCUGUCUUUUCACACUAUUUCUAGCUGCCUUGGCUCAGGAGUCUCUGAGUCCUCAAAAAGCAAAGGUGGACUGCAACAAGGGGGUGAAUGGCACCAUCUAUGAGUAUGGAGCCAAGACCCUGGAUGGCGGAGUAUAUGUUCAGUUCCGGCAGUAUGCAGGGAAGCACGUCCUCUUUGUCAACGUGGCGUCCUUCUGCGGCCUGACAGCCACUUACCCUGAACUAAACAAACUGCAGGAGGAGCUGGAGAGCUUCAAUGUCAUUGUUUUGGGUUUUCCUUGCAACCAGUUUGGAAAACAAGAACCUGGAAAAAACUCAGAGAUCCUCCUUGGACUCAAAUAUGUGCGUCCAGGCGGUGGCUAUGUCCCCAAUUUCCAGCUCUUUGAGAAAGGGGAUGUGAAUGGAGAAAACGAACAAAAGAUUUUUUCUUUCCUAAAGAACUCCUGUCCUCCCACCUCUGAACUUUUGGGCUCUACAGAAUAUCUCUUCUGGAAUCCCAUGAAGGUGCAUGACAUCCGCUGGAAUUUCGAGAAGUUCCUGGUGGGGUCCGAUGGAGUGCCUGUCAUGCGCUGGUUCCACCAUACCCCUGUCAGCGCUGUCCAAUCAGACAUCAUGGAGUACCUAAACCAAACCCAGACCCACUAG